AUGGACUCGUCCGAAGAAAACAAGCAGCAGAGUACCGCCGACAUGGAAUCCGCAAAAAGCAACAACAAGGAACAACGCCCCGCCAACAUGGAAUCCGCAGAAAGCAAAGACAGCGCUGAUGAAGCAUCCACUCUGAUUUAUGGCUUGAAAAUUGACACGGCAGCCACAGAGGUGACCGCGGCACCAUCUGACGUUUCUUCGCUUCCGCCCACCCCAGCCACCCCUGCACCAGAACGAGAAGUAAAUCCCAAAUUUUUGUGCGGAGGUGAUUUUGUUUUUACAGUGGUGGCCGCGACGACGACCGAGCCGGAAUGUAUUGAGGCGGCGACGAUUGCGUUUCUCUUUUGUCAUGAUGGCAAGAAAUACGGAAUGACUGUCGGGCAUUUGAAGCCUUCCACACGGGGAUCGAUUCUACGCUUUUUGCUUUUGCAACAAACGAAGCUAUGGCUGUCAAAAUUGGACAUGUGGUGGCUUUUUCGCUCUUCACCGAUUCUUUGA